GCUAAAAGCACAGCCAAAGGAGAGGAGGUCUUUGAGAGGACAGCUCUCAUGGAUUGAAGAGGGGAGAGCUGAGAUUGUAUGCGAAGGGUCCCACGGCUUCCAGUGAUGUUUACCCUGACAGAAGUGACCUUUCCCAACGACAGCUAUGCCCGGUUCCAGACUCUAAAGCCUUGGUGGGAUGUCCUGAUGGACUACUUGGGACUAGCGAUGCUGAUGGUUUCUCUUCUCUCAGGAACUCUGCUAAUUUCAGUUGACAAAAUGACUUGCUUGCCUCUGAAUGACAAGCUAAAUGAGUCCACAGCAGCUAUGCUGAAGGCUGGAGCAACUGAUCAUGCCAUCAGUGAAGAGUUUCCUGCCACGAACAGUGGACGCUCAAUCAACCUUGACUACCAGCAGUACCUGUACAUCAGCCAUGUCUGCUAUCAGAAGGCUUUGCCCUGGUUCUCCAAGUAUUUUCCUUAUCUUGCAUUUGUCAACUCCCUGGUCUUAAUGGCAAGCAGCAACUUUUGGUUCAGGUACCCUAAGACCUCAUCAAAAAUUGAACACUUUUUAUCCAUCCUCAUGAAAUGUUUUGAGUCACCUUGGACCACCAAGGCUCUCUCUGAAAUGUCCUGCCAGCACUUCCUAGGCCUACCCAAGCCCAUGGAUACUGGAGGGCAUCAAGAACAAUUUAUUUCUCCUUCAUCCUCCUCUCCUAUCCUAGAUCGGAAGGACAGGGAACAAGGUCGGGCAUUGUUUGAGAAGAUCCGCAGAUUCAGGGUGCACACUGAAGGUGCUAGCUUGAUUUACAUGGUCUACACGGGACAAACAAUCUUCAAAAUUGCCAAGAUCCUAACUGUGCUAGGCUACACCUCCAACUGUGUGGGAUCCGUCUCCUUCAAGCAUGUUUGCUGGCCAGACACAGAGAACCUCACUGGCUACUCUACUUUCCUCUGUACCCACAGCUUGGCUUUCAUAUUGCAGAAGUUGAUAGCUGCCUAUUUGUUCUUGGUACUCCUCUAUGGGGUGGUAGGGGCUUACCCACUCUUGUGGCUGAUACAGCAACCUCUGCGCAAGUACUCUUUUAAGCAAGUGCAAGAAGACAUCCCAGAUGUGUACAAUGAUUUUGCUUUCCUGCUGCACAUAGCUGACCAGUGCGACCAACUAUACUCAUGGAGGUUUGCCAUCUUCCUCUCAGCCAUGAAUGAGAACUGCCCACUGGAUGUAGGCCUUGACCAUGAGCUGGUUAUUGAAGAUUGGGUGGGGCAUAAUUUUCUUGCCCUAAGCUCAAAGAAAACACAUAGGCACUUACAAAUGAACAAAUAA